GGCAUUCAAGUAAUAAUUUAAUUGUACUGUGUGUACCAUAUUAACAUAUGACAAUAAAGUCUUUAAUCUGUUUUGUAUUUUAACAAAGCAUUUCUGCACUGUAGCACUUUAAUGACAUCAUAAAGCAUGAUGGACAGGAAGCAGCACCUCAGUGACACCAAAGGAUGUCAAUGACAUCACAAAGCCUGUUGGUGGUCACAAAGCCUGUUGGUGGUCACAAAGCCUGUUGGUGGUCACAAAGCCUGUUGGUGGUCACAAAGCAGGUUGAAGUGAGUGUACACAGGUGGCAGUGAGUGUUUCAUUCUACAUUUCUGCAUCAACAACAGAAACAGGAAGACAACAGCACAAAAGUCUGACUAUUUGCAACAAGAAACCAUGAGCCAGAAAACCAGGAAACAGCAGAUUAUUCAGGCCAUGAAGAGUUCAUCCAGCCCAACAGCCCCAGUUUCAAUGGAUUAUAAAAUCAUUGAAACUGGCAUCUCAGGGACCAUCCAGUGGUACAAUGUGAAGGCUGGAUAUGGUUUCAUCAGGAAGGCUGACACAGAAGAAGACAUCUUUCUUCACCAUACAGCCAUCAGAAACAUCGAUCCCAGAAAAUACUGCUCCAGAGUGGGAGCCGGUCAAACAGUGAAGUUUGACAUUGUGGAAGGAAAGAAAGGCCCACAAGCUGCAAAUGCCAUCAUCAACAUCCUGGAUGCUCCGACAACAACAAAUGGCCCCUCAGAGGCUGACCAGGAGGAGCUGCUGAACCACAAACAGGAGCUGGAAGCUGCUAAAGACCACUUUAAAAAACAGAUGGCAGCCAUGAGGAAGGACUAUGACACAGACCUGAAGGCCACUGAGGAGAAAUACCAAAGGCAGCUGGAAGCCCAGAUGGCCAAAUCCAGAAAAACUCAGGAAGAAAGAGAAGCUGAGUUCUGUAAACAGCUGGAAGUCAAAGAGGCCAAAGCCAAAAGUGAGCAGACAGAACUCAAAGACAGAUUCUGUAAACAGCUGGAAGUUGAGCGGGCUCAAUUCCAACAACAGCUGGAAAUCCAAGAGGCCAAAGCCAAAACAGAGCAGACUGAACUCAAAGACAGAUUCUCCAAAGAGCUGGAAGUCGAGCGGGCCCAAUUCCAAAAACAAUUGGAAAUCCAAGAGGCCAAAGCCAAAACAGAGCAGACUGAACUCAAAGACAGAUUCUCCAAAGAGCUGGAAGUCGAGCGGGCCCAAUUCCAAAAACAAUUGGAAAUCCAAGAGGCCAAAGCCGGAAAAGAGCGGCAAGAGCAAGAAAACCGGUUUCAAGAACAGCUGGAUGCUCAGGAGGCCAGCUUUCAAAAGAUGAAGGCAUCCAUGAUGAGCAAAUCCUGGUUUGGUGUUUUCGGUGGGGUUUGCCUUGCUGUUGGAUUUUUGUCAUCCAAGUGUCUGUCAAAGUAACAGACAGAUUUGCCGAAAGACUGUUCUUUGUAAUAUUUAUAAAUACAAUGUGCACCCGGUUUAAAUCUUACAAAUUUUUUUUGUGAUUAAAAAGAAACAGCCCCCCCACCCCAAUUUACUUUAGGCCUUCUGUAGUUUAUAAGACAGUGUUUUCCAUCUGGUUUUUAUAUGA